GUCCGUCUGUAGAGAGGAAAGUGAAGCGGCGUCGGAGAAGCACCUCGAUUCCCCUCAACGGAAGGCACAGAGGAAGACCCAUCUUGGCAUGAAGACUUUGCCCAACUUCUUGGCCACCACCGUGGUCUUGACGGCAGCCGGGCUGGUGCGGGCGAGGGACCCCCUCGACGUGGAGGCACUGAAGAAAUGCGUGCAGAUGGCCGAGCCGCUGGUGCAGAACCCCGACUACAUAUUCCCCUUGAACAUCGAUGAGAUCAGAGGCGUGUGCAGGAUGUGGGAUAGUUUUGUGUUGUGUGUAAAGAACUACACUGCCAACUACCUGACAUUCCAGCAACGGGAAGAAUUUGAGCUGGCCAUCGCCUCCUCCAUCGAAUCCAUCCGCCAGCUGUGUGACGGCGACCCGGAGUACAAAAGACUGUACUUAGCCUACGCCCCCUGCAUGAAAAAGGUAUCCAACGACGACGAGUUCUGCGGCGGCCAGUAUCGCUACUUGGCUGACUUGGUGCAAGGUUCUCAGCCCGACGAUGCUCAGCUGUGUUG